GGGGGGUGUUUGUUAUUGUUGGCAAAAGAGGACAGAAAGUAGAGUUUGCGCUUUAAAUAUUGAAAAUAUUUACACAGCAAUGCUGUCCUUUUUUGAGUUCAAAAGGCAGUUUCAGCUGCCUUGGUUGCACUCUGGUAGGAGGCAUAAUGGAGAGAAGUGUGGUGCAAUUCACUCUCUUUGGACUGCUGCUGUCUUUGGCCUCCACACUGCCAAACAAGGAUGACUGGGACAUCUACAGCUUUCACAUCAACUCCACAGUGACCAGUCGUUAUGCCACCACUGUCAUCACAAGCCGUGUAGCCAAUCGUGUAGACGAGUCAAAGGAAAUUGAAUUUCACGUUCGGAUUCCGAAGAAUGCCUUCAUCAGUAAAUUUCGAAUGUUUAUCGAUGGCCAAGUUUAUGAUGGUGUUGUGAAAGCUAAGGAGCAAGCUCAGCAGCAGUACACUGAAGCUGUGUCCCGUGGUGAAAGUGCUGGACUUGUCAGUUCUGUAGGAAGGACUCUGGAGGAAUUUAAGACCUCAGUAACUGUGGCUGCUCACAAAAAGGUCACUUUUGAACUCACAUAUGAGGAAUUAAUGAAACGAACACAUGGCAAGUACGAGCUGCAAAUUCAUGCUCGACCCAUGCAGCCUGUCAGAGACUUCAAGGUGGAUGUGCACAUUCAAGAGGAAGCUGGCAUCAGUUUCAUUGAUGUGAAAGGAGGCCUGAGCACCAAAGCCCUCGCUAAUGCCAUCACUAAAACUCACAUAGAUAAAGAGGCGUGGGUGUAUUUCUAUCCAACAGUUGACCAACAGAAGAUGUGUGACAGCUGUAGUGAUCAGGGUAUGAAUGGAGAUCUAGUUAUUGUUUAUGAUGUUAACAGGGACAAUGGACUCGGACACAUCAAGAAAUCUGACGGGUACUUUGUUCAUCACUUUGCUCCAUCUGAUCUUCCUCGAGUGCCAAAAAAUGUUGUCUUUGUUAUUGAUCAGAGUGGCUCAAUGCGUGGCAGAAAAAUUCUCCAGACUAGGACCGCAUUAAUCCACAUUUUGAAUGAUCUGGCAGAAGAUGAUCACUUUGGUCUGAUCACUUUUAAUGGCAACAUUUUUCACUGGAAGUGAGAACUCGUUCAGGCCAACAGCAAAAACCUGGAAAGUGCCAAAAACUUUGCAAGCAAUAUACAAGCUGGAGGAUCCACAGAUAUAAAUGAAGCAGUGUUGCAAGGAGCACGUAUGCUGAAUGAUCAUAGCAGAGAAGGUUCAGCAUCUAUUCUGAUACUUCUUACAGAUGGAGACCCAACCUCAGGGGUGACAAAUCUGGAGAAUAUUCAGUCAAAUGUAAGACAGGCUAUUGCAGGCAAAUUCCCACUGUACUGUCUUGGUUUUGGUUUUGAUGUUGAUUUUAAGUUUCUUGAAAAAAUGUCGCUGCAAAAUAACGGUGUGGCACGACGGAUAUAUGACGACUCUGAUGCUGAUUUACAGCUGAAGGGUUUCUAUAAAGAGGUGGCCACACCUCUAUUAACAGAUGUGACGAUGAUCUAUGUGGGUGGGACCAAUCUAACCCAGACUAACUUCAGCCAGUAUUAUAAUGGUUCUGAGAUUGUGGUGGCCGGUGAGAUCACAGAUAACAAUAUUGAAACCUCCACCCCUCAAGUUGUGGCCAUUUCGAGUAAUAGAAGAAUAUUAUUCUCUAAUCCAAAUGAAACUGUGGAAUCCACUCAAACAGUGUCUGAUGACCGUAUCCAGAGGGUUUGGGCCUACCUCACAGUUAAACAGCUUCUAGACAAAGAACUUCAGUUAUCCGGUCCGGAGAAAGAGAAAGUGAAGAAGGAGGCUUUGGAGCUGUCACUGAAAUACAGUUUUGUGACUCCUCUCACAUCUAUGGUGGUCACAAAGCCUCCAGGAGAGAACACAGAUGUGUUUCAUAAACCAAAGGAAGGUGAAACACCACAGAGACGGCAGCCCCCUGUAGGUCACUCAUUUUCAAGACAAUAUUUGGCUCCUAGUAGUCACCUGAGUGGCAGUCCAUUUGUAGGAAACAUUAAGUACCUCAGUUCACGUUCAACAUUUCAAGGAUUCCCAAAUGUACACAGUUUUGGCCAUCAAGGUAUGACUGCUUAAGUUUGUACUAAAUAA